AUGGCGUUUUCAGGUUUACAUUUACUGAAAGAGUUAAACAUUAUUGGUUCACAACUCCGCUAUCUCUCUUCGAACACUUUUCUUGAUAUUGGUGCUCUGAUUUAUUUGAAUCUCAGCUCAAACCAAAUAGAAAAUAUAGGCCACGGCACAUUUAACAACCUAGCUUAUGUCAAGACACUUGAUCUACGUAACAAUAAUAUACGGCUAAAGGAACACAUGUUCCAGGGUCUAUCAAGCCUCAGAGUUCUGUAUGUCGACUCCUACACUCUUUGUUGUGCUAAACCUGCCUCGGUUACGGAUCCGAACUGUUUCUCUCCGCGUGACAGUAUCUCGUCCUGUACAGAUCUGAUCCGCUUGUCUGUUUUACGAGUUGCUCUUUGGAUAAUUGGGCUAUGUGCAGUCCUUGGGAAUUUGUUCGUUUUAGUUUAUCGCUUUAAGUACGACAAGGCUAAUCUGAAGAAAAGUUACUCCGUUUUUGUCAUCAAUUUGGGCUUGUCAGAUAUCCUGAUGGGAAUUUAUAUGAUAAUAAUUGGCAUUGCUGAUGCGGUUUACAGAGAUCGCUAUGUAUGGGAGGAGAAUGCUUGGCGACGCAGUACUGUGUGCACAGUUAGUGGGAUUUUGUCCACCAUAUCAAGUGAGGCAUCCGCUUUCACCAUUCUUUUUAUAACGCUUGAUAGAACUGUGGCUAUUGCUUUACCAUUUUCAUUACGGCAAUUUACAAUGAAAUCUGCUAUAGUUGCUUCUGUGACUCUAUGGAUUAUAUCCAUAGUGAUAGCUGUACUUCCGGUGUUUACCUUGAAUGAUUACUUCCGGGGAGAGUUUUAUAGCUCUUCUGGUGUAUGCCUUGCACUUCCAUUGUCAGACUCCGCAACACCUGGUUCGGAAUAUUCAGUAGCUAUCUAUGUGGGACUGAACUUUGUCAUCUUCCUUGUGAUAGCAGUUUGCCAGGUUGUCAUAUAUCGAAAGAGUCGAACUCACCUGGCACUGAGAAAUACGACAAGAAGACAGAAAGCGGACAUCACUAUAGCAAAAGGACUCGCCACUGUUGUUGCUACAGAUUUUUUCUGCUGGUUUCCUAUUUGUGUCUUAGGCAUAUGGACCUCAUUUGGAGGUAGUUUGUCGGGGGAUAUGUACGCUUUGGUGAUGGUAUUGGUGUUACCGAUAAACUCCGCACUUAAUCCGUUCCUCUACACAUUUGCUAACACGUGGAAGAACAUAAAGAAACAGAGAUGA